AUGGACGCAGAAUACUACAUCAAGCACCUCGAGAUGGUGCCUCACCCGGAGGAAGGCGGCUACUUUGCCAUUCGCCACCGCUCAACCUUUCAGGUUGACACGCCUGGCGGUCGCGGCCCGCCGCGUCGAGCUUGUAUCUCCACGAUUCACUACAUGCUUCGCCAGCCCGCGCCCAUGAUGUAUGUUCACGUCAACGCCCAGUCGGACAUCUCACAUUUCUGGCACGCAGGUGAAGCGAUCGCAUAUCUUCUGGUGGACCCUGCGACCGACGAGCUCACGAGGGUUAUCUUGGGUCCCGACCUUCACAGUGGACACGUGUUGCAGUUCACAUGCCCUAGAGGGUGGUGGAAAGCUGCGUCGUUGGUGUCUGGCGAGGCUGACUUCGGGCUGGUCUCCGAAGCUGUCGGUCCCUCGUUUGACUAUGCAGACAACUUGCUCUUGGACGAAUGCCACAUCGCCCACUCGAAGCACCGCGACAGUGUCCGUCCAUACCUGCGUCCAUCUGACUGGGUGCGACCAUCACCUCGUGAGCCGCAAGCCGACUACUUGGCUGGCAAGUGA